UGCCAAAAAUACCGCGGCGUAUAUAAAUAUGUCUCCAAGACGAUAUGGUGUUAUGCUUUCUCAUUUAUGAUAAUAUCUCGAAUUGUUAUAUUUGGAUUUGAUUUUUGUUCGGUUCAAUAGGAAACGCAGUUUUUCAAUGAAAGGUUAGUAUUUUUUUAUCAGUAGUUCAGGCUUCCGUUACCUCCCUGUAUAGCCUAAGUCUUUGCAGAAAAAUAACUGCGCGAAAUUCUCGAAGAACAGUGAUGUUCUGCGGUAAAAAGCUGCAAAAUUUCCAAGAAACCAGUGUGGGAGAAACAAACAAGCCAGGGAAUCCAACAAAUCACUUUAAAUUAGUCGAGCAGAUGCCUGGAGAAGACUUGAUUCAUGCUAAAACUUUGUGGGAUUAUCUACUACUUCAUCAUGAGCUCAGAAAGAGUGAUGUGAUCAUGUUGCUAGGCAACAAUGACAUUCGAACAGCUGAACAUGCGGCUCAACUAUAUCUCCUUGGUUACGGAGACUGGCUUGUUAUAUCCGGAAAGGCAGGUAACAUGACGAAAGGAAAGUGGAAACGACCGGAAGCACAUGUUUUCCGCGAUGUGGCACUAGACAUCGGGGUGCCAGAAAAUAGAAUUAUUGUGGAAAAUCAAGCUACAAAUACUGGGGAAAACAUUAAGUUUUCUUACAAAAUUAUGAAGAAAUACAACCUAAAGCCAUCGAGCAUUAUUCUUGUUCAAACUCCUUAUAUGGAACGUCGAACAUACGCCACCUUCAUGAAACAAUGGCCUGGAAAUGCGGCACUACUACGUGUAACAGUGACGUCACCAUCGAUUCCUUUCCGUUUGUAUCCGAUCCGUGAUGUUUGUAGUGUGAGAGAAUUAUUAGCAGCGAUGCUAGGGGUUUUACAGAGAAUACAGGUGUAUCCUCGAAUCGGAUUUCAAAUAUAUCAGACUAUUCCUUCUGAAGUUAUUGUAGCAUAUGACGAUCUCGUUCGGACUGGUCGUUAUAACGAUUUUAUUAUGAAAAACUGAUUCUAGGAUUUUAUGUCUAUUUUAUUUAGAAAUUAAGUGCAGAUUAUUUCUUACUGAAGUAUUUGAUUCAAUGAUAGGUGUAACACAACAAAAUGACAUGCACCACUAUUGUAUUGUAAAAAUCAAGCAUUUUUAAUGCCACAUGCAUGUUAUCGUUUAGAACAUCGAAUACACUUGCAUCACACGAUCGUUGAACAAACACAAACUUACACGAACUGUAAAUUAGAAAAAUAUUAUGCCCCCCAGUAGCACAGCGGCAUGUCUGCCGACUUACAACGCUAGAAACCGGGUUUCGAUACCCGUGGUGGGCAGAGCACAGAUAGCCCAUUGUGUAGCUUUGUGCAUAAUUACAAACAAACAAACAAAACAUCUUAUUUAAUAAAUUAGUGUGCCUCAACCAUAAAAUAUCGUAUACGGAACUCUUCAAUUGAAUUGUUUGUUUGUUUGUUGUUAAGCGCAAAACUGUAAAAUGGAUAAUCUACUGUGCCCACCAAAGAAACCAAAUCCCGAAUUUUAGCGUUAUAAACUUAUAAUGCACACUUCAAUAUCAAACAGUUUGUAUGUAUUAACCCUGAAAAAGCUUUAAAAGCGAAACGUUGGUAUUAAUAUAUAUAUUUACAUCUAGAGUGUAAAGGUCGUUUAUCUAAACUUUUACAACAAUGUUAUAAACUUAUAACAUAUACUUCGAUAUCAAACAGUUUGUAUGUAUUAACCCUGAAAAAGCUUUAAAAGCGAAACGUUGGUAUUAAUA